AUGAACUUGAGCAACACAGGAGUCGAGAUGAAUCUGCGCCUCUACUUGCUUCUGUGUGGCUCCGUCAGCCUGCGCUUUGCUCGAUUGACAAAGUUGAGCGGCUUGGCUGUGCGGGCAGAGGUGCUCAGCAAGACCAGCACGUAUCCAGUGGAGGCCCCAGAUAUCAGCAGACCAGGGGCCGCACCCAGGCCCUGGGAGGAGCUUCGCAUCCAGGCCCUCGACAAGCACCCCGAGGCCCCCGCAGUUCAGCAUCCCGCUGCCGAGGCCCAUGUCAGCAAGGCCCUGACGCACCGUUUCGCCGUCCUUUCGCAGGCCCCCGAGUGCAACGGGUCCGUGAACGAGACCUUGCCCGUAGACGAGGUCCCCAUGGCCCCAAUCAUCGCAGGCGCUUUCCUGGGCCCUCCAGAGGCGAGGGACGGCUGGCACCUCGGCUCCGUGGAUGGCUCAGGGGGUGCUUUCUCGGCCGAUCCCCGCCUCAGGCGGCUCUGGUUCGAAUAUUGGCGCGUCUUGGGGGCCCGUGAGGGCCGUCUGAGCUACCUCAAGGUCAAGAGUCACGCGACCGACCCCGAGGAGGUCAUGCGCCAGGUGGUUCCGCACCCGGUGUCCUGGCUCAGCCAGUGGCACGACCCCAGGGAGUGGAGGCGGCAGCGCUGCGUGCUGCUCUCGAACACCGCCCAGGUCCAGGUGGCGCUGGCGGACUGGCCGGAGGUCGUGCGGCUGGCCUCGCUCGCGCUCGAGGACGACCCGGACCACGCCAAGUCCUCGCUGCGGCUGGCCCGCGCUCACAUGGAGAUGUGCGAGUUGGAGGAUGCGGCCCAAGCCGUGGACGUGGCCCUGUCCCGCCUGGCCGCGCGGCAGGGGGCGGCAGACGACGCCGCGCGGCUGGAGCUCUCGAAGGUCGCGGAGGAGCUUUCCAAGGCGCUUCCGGGCUGGAGGUGGACCUGCUCCAGGCCCAAGCUCGCGGAGCAGAGAAAGGGCCAGGAGGACUUCGAGAAGAGGAUCGUCGGGGUCUGGGAGUACGGCCAGGCGGUUGGCCAGAAGAAUAGCUUCCAGAUCCGCCUUGAGCCCUGGGGCGCCCUCGUGUUCCAGGAGGAGAGCAUCAAGAUCGACCUCAUGCGGAAGGGGCUGCUGCGGUGGCGCGGGGAGCUCGAGCUCGUGUCCGGGAUGGUGCUGAACCUCUCGUACGAGCCUGGCUCGGACGUCAUGACCACCGAGUUCAUACCGCCGCCCGACGUCCCCGAGGAGCAGCGGUGGAAGGGCCCGAGCAGGUUCACCGCUACGCGUUCGGCAAGCGCGGCGCCCGAGGCCGCGCCCACGGCCGCGGCCGAGGAGCCCCCAAGCUCGCCGCGGCGGCCCGCCGCCGACCAGGUGGCCCCGCCCGAGCCCCCCGCGCCGCCCCCCGCCGCGCCGGAGCUCUCGGAGGAGGAGCGGGCCGCGCUGGCGACGCAGGGGGUGCCGACGGAGCUGUGGCUGGCGGGCCGGCCCGAGCUGCGCGGCCGCUACGCGCUGGUCGCGGGCAGGAUCGCCGGCGAUCGCCCCAUCUUCCGCAGGGAGCCCCAGGCCGGCUCGUCCACGGGGGAGCUCUUCCUGUGGUCGCGCGGCGGCAACUGGGGAGUGACUGCGUCGCUGCACGCCUCCUCGCUUGCCGCCCCGUUCCUCGCGCGGUGCCCGGACCCCUCAGGGCGAGCGAGGCAUCCGCUGGAGCUGCGGCGCCCCCGCUGGCAGGUCCGCACUGGCCGCGGCCAAGAGGAGCUCGACGCCAGCAUGGAGCUGACGGCGGAGCCGCCGGUGGCAGCGAGCAGCAGCACCGCCUUGGCGGAGGCGCCAGGAGCAAGGGCGGGUGGAAGUUCGACGCUGGACGAGGCGGCUGCCGGCCCGCCGCCGCCCGCCGUCGAGAUCCGCGGCAGGGUCGGCGAGCACUCCCAGGUCAACGGCGUCUACGCCCUGUCCGGGUCCUCUUGGGAGGGCCGCCCUGUCUACUGGCAGCGCGAGCAGGAGCGGCAGGAGCGGCCGCUGGCCCUCUUCUGGGAGAACGGCUACUGGACCGUGGCAGCGGAGGCGUGCAGCCUGCCCCGCUCGCUGGCCCGGUGCCCCGCCGCCGCUGGCUCCGGCGCAGCCGCGGGGCCCGUGUCGGCCGUGCGCGGGGCCUGGGAGUUCCUCUGCGGCGAGCGCCUCCUGGGCGCCAUGGUCACCUCGGAGACGCGCGUGUACAAG